GAGCAUCCUGCCGUUGGGAGGCUUAUUGGUUGAACACCAAGGCUGGCUCAGCUCAGUAUGUGCCAAUCCGGUUUGCCACUCGGAUCACAAUUCCAGCUUGGGUUUCGAGAGACAUGCAGAUACAGCCAGAAACAUGAGCCGCAGAGCGAGACUCGCCUCGUUGACAUCCGUACCGAUCUCGGUCCUCCAAAACAUCUGGUGGAGCAGACUCUAAACCGCGCGAAUGAUGUGGAGGACGGAUGCCAGAACUCUCACGUUCGCAAACACAACUGGCAGGCCUCUAAUGAGGACUUUCCCGAUCCCGUUGGUCAAGGCCUCGAUAACACAAAUAAGCAGCUUGAAUAGUGGCCAUUCAUCCCCCGGACGAUGCAGAACGAAUGGCUUCGCCAGACGCAGGUCGAGAGCUCCCAGUUUACCCGGGACCCUACAUGCGCCGGCGAGGAAAUAUUCACAAAGCUAUUACGCAGGGCCUUCAGGUCUGGAAUAGUCAGGUGCGGGAGCGCGGCAUGUCGGGCAUCCUGGGCCGCCCACGAAGCAGCAGCGCCGCCUUGCGAGUGGACUGGCUUGCGCAACUUCAUAUUGACCAUCGUGUGCUGUUGGCUGCCGAGCAGCCAACUGGAGCUCGUGAGCCAAAGGAGGCUUUGAGGCCUGGUUACGAUGCCGUUGCUUUGGAACAGAGUUUGAAUUUUCAGGCGCACGGCCUAUGUCCCAGCCGCCUGUGGAAUAUAUCAUUCCUCUACGAACGUGGAGUUCCCGACAUCGUGCCUUUAGCUGAGAUUGCACUGAGAUUGCCAAACAUCAACUUGGACAAAAGGCACAAGGGCUGUACGCCCCAGCUUUGCGAGCUCGGAGAGAGACUCGACGUGGAAUUCGAGCUCUGCAGCGAGAUAUCGCCGCAAUACAUGGCCAUCUCGCACGUCUGGUCCGACGGUACCGGCGUCGGCGCGAAACCAGCCGGGCAGGUAAACAAAUGCUUAUAUGAAAACUUCGCCAAGAUUGCGCUGGACCUGGGCUGUGAUGGCGUGUGGUGGGAUUCCAUCUGCAUGCCCACAGACAGGAAAGCCAGGGGGCCUGGCCUUGGCCUCGAUGUUACAGAAUUAAAAAAGGGCCAAAAUUACCCUCGUUCACAACAAGAGUCUGGUCAAGUUUUCCUGGCGUGA